AAGAUCCAUAAAUCUUUGUUUCCCAAAUGGCUACAAAACUGCCCAUAUCUACUUUCUCAUUCGUUUUGUUAGCCAUCUUCUCCUUCUCAACCGUCGCCGUCGACGGCGAGUCUCAGAGCUUCUCUAGAACUCUGUCGUUGGGGGUCAAGCGGCUUAAGCGUGAGAAGAUAAGCUACCUUCACUUCUACUUCCAUGACAUUGUUAGUGGUCGUAACCCAACUGCCAUUAAUGUUGCUGAAGCAGCAUCUACAAAGACAUCACCAACAGCGUUUGGAAUGAUGAGAAUGAUCGACGAUCCAUUAACGGAGAGACCAGAGAAUACAUCUAAAAUCGUGGGAAGAGCUCAAGGGAUCUAUGCAUCUGCUUCACAGAGUGAGUUUGGUUUCUUAAUGACACUUAAUUAUGCUUUCAUGGAAGGGAAGUAUAAUGGAAGCACACUAAGCAUCCUUGGAAGAAACACAGUUAUGUCGGAAGUUAGAGAGAUGCCGGUGGUCGGAGGGAGUGGACUUUUCCGGUUCGCCCGGGGUUAUGCUCUUGCCAAGACUCACUGGUUGGACAUCACAACUGGUGAUGCUGUGGUUGAGUAUAAUGUUUAUGUCAUCCAUUACUGAUCCAUGUUGCUUAAUUAAUUUCUCCUUUUACAAUUGUUGGGAAUUUAGCUCUUGUCUAU